UACAAUUCAGAAAAUUAGGAAGGAAGAGAAACAACGAACUACUCAAUGGCUAUCUCUCUCUAAAUCGAAUCGAAAGGAACCAUCGAAACAGUGAAAAUAGGAGUUUUGUGUGUAGAGAAACCCUAGUCUUCAAUCGGAGUGGCUGAAGGUUUGGGGAUUCUGUUGCAUUCGGAUGUGACAGUGUCAGAUCCGUCAUGGCCGAUGUUUACGGCGAUAAUGUUACUCCGUUGACACCGGAGUUGAGUUUCGGCGGUGGCGUCGGCGAUGGCCGUUCAGCGGCGAAUGAUGGUGUUUCUCUGGCAUCUGCGCUGACGCCUCCAUUGACAGUUUCGGGAUCGUUUAAGGAAGGGAGGACGUCAAGGAGGAGGAUGUCGGUGCGGCCGAGCUUGGACGCGGAUGACUUUCUAAAUCUUUUGCACGGUUCGGAUCCGGUGAAAGUUGAGCUUAAUCGGUUGGAGAAUGAAGUUAGAGAGAAGGAUCGAGAAUUAGGGGAAGCUCAGGCGGAGAUCAAGGCACUGAGAUUUUCGGAACGCCUUAGAGAAAAGGCCGUUGAAGAGCUUACUGAAGAAUUGUCAAGGGUCGAGGAGAAACUCAAAUUAACCGAAUCCCUUCUAGAGACCAAAAAUCUUGAAAUAAAAAAAAUUAAUGAUGAGAAGAAGGCCUCCAUGGCUGCUCAGUUUGCAGCAGAAGCCACCCUUCGAAGGGUUCAUGCUGCUCAGAAGGAUGAUGAUAUGCCACCCAUUGAAGCUAUUCUUGCACCACUAGAGGCAGAGCUCAAGCUUGCUCGGCAAGAGAUUGCGAAGCUGCAGGAUGACAACAAGGCGCUAGAUCGCCUUACCAAAUCAAAAGAAGCAGCUUUACUUGAAGCAGAAAGGACUGUUCAGAUUGCCUUGAUCAAGGCUUCAAUGGUAGAUGAUCUUCAGAAUAAGAAUCAGGAGUUAAUGAAGCAGAUUGAAAUUUGUCAGGAAGAAAAUAAGAUUUUGGACAAAAUGCACCGCCAAAAGGUUGCCGAGGUUGAAAAGCUCAGCCAAACUGUUAGGGAGCUCGAGGAGGCUGUUCUUGCUGGUGGUGCUGCUGCAAAUGCUGUGAGGGAUUACCGACGGAAAGUCCAGGAGAUGAAUGAGGAGAGGAAAACACUUGACAGGGAACUAGCCCGUGCUAAGGUGACAGCAAAUAGGGUAGCAGUAGUGGUAGCAAAUGAAUGGAAAGAUGCUAAUGACAAAGUGAUGCCUGUCAAACAAUGGCUUGAAGAUCGAAGAUUCAUGCAGGGUGAAAUGCAACAACUUAGAGAGAAACUUGCCAUAGCUGAGCGAACUGCAAAAUCCGAAGCACAAUUGAAAGAGAAGUAUCAACUAAGGCUCAAAGUGGUUGAAGAGGGAUUGAGAGCAUCCACCAAUGGUAGUAAUCGAUCUACCCCAGAGGGAAGAAGUGUGAACAAUGGCCAAUCACGUCGUCAAUCCCUAGGUGGGGUUGACAAUGCCUCAAAAUUUACCUCCAAUGGUUUUUUAUCCAAGAGAACUCCAUCCUCUCAGUUGCGGUCUUCAAUUUCUUCUAGUACAACUACAGUAUUGAGGCAUGCCAAAGGGACAUCAAGAUCAUUUGAUGGUGGCACAAGGUCAUUAGACAGGGGUAAGGUCCUGUCAAAUGGAACAGGCCCCUGCUCCCUUGACAAAUCUACUGAUGCAACUCGAGACAGUGAGGUAGUCAAUAAUCGGAAAGGAAACACAGAUGAAAAACCAAAUGAAUUCCCAACAGUUCAUACAGGAGAUACUGUCUCCGGAAUAUUAUAUGACAUGCUACAGAAAGAGGUUAUUUCUUUGAGGAAAGCCGGCCAUGAAAAAGAUCAAAGUCUUAAAGAUAAGGAUGAUGCUAUUGAGAUGUUAGCGAAGAAGGUAGAUACUUUGACCAAAGCAAUGGAGGUUGAGGCGAAGAAGAUGAGAAGGGAAGUAGCUGCCAUGGAAAAGGAGGUAGCAGCCAUUCGUGUCGAGAAAGAACAUGAUAAUAGGGCUAAGAGACUUGGUAAUUCCAAGGGACCUGUAAAUAGUUCUCAGCUGCUUCCUGGAAGGAAUGUAUCGCGAAGUGGGCUGAUGCGCAACAUUCAAUAGCCGGAAGCUCUGAAUCCAGAAGCGGCAAGGAGUAAAUCUGCAUAGGCAUUGUUCCCUGUCACUCUUGUUUUUUCACUAUAUAUCGUCCAUGAUGAUUUUAAGAUUAUAACCACAGCAAGCCGACAGCCCUGUAGUCUAAUUUUUUGAGAGGGGUUAUUGCAAAUGAAA